AUGACUCUAAGUUCAGUUGACCUUGGCAUUUCAAAAGAUAAAUCAGCGGAGUCAGAUAAGAUUUGUUGUCGAGUCCUUUCCGACAAUUCUAAUGAGAUCUGUGAGCUCUUUACAAAGGAGGGAAAGGAAGAGAAGAAUUAUAAGCAAACUGAAGGAAAACCCUCUGGCUCUUUGGGUUCUCCGGAACAAUGCAAGAUCUUGGCUCACAUAUCUGGAAGAAAGACUGUGAGUAAGAAGCCCUCAAGUUUUAAGAAUGAAACCAAAUUAUUGAAUGUGACAGACUCCAUUGCUUUAGAAAACAAAUGGUGUAAGAAAUGGGCUAACUGUCUCAAGGCCAAAGAAAAUACUACUGUCCAAAACCAAAAAGGCACCAAUUCCCAAAAAGAAAUUGAGGAAAUAACAGAGGUAGAAUUGGCUGCCUUACGCUCUUUCUGUACCACGAGGAUAAAUUUGAUGUCUAAGCAGAGGAAAAAAAGUAGAACUAAAAAGCUGCACCAUAAACCAGAAGGAGAAAAUCCUGUGUCAGAAAAGUCAGAUUUCUCUGUAUCUAUCCAGCAGGUAAAUAAACUGAAUCAAAAAGACUCAAAGGCACCUGUGAGAAAAAUGGUAGAAAAAAAAGAACCUAAUUCAGCACAUAAUUCUGAUCAUAACAAGAAAAGAGAACUUAAAGACAUUGCCUCCAUGACAAGCAAAAAGUCCUUUCUAGAAUUAACUAGAAUACAAGAAAAAAUGGAAGAAUACAAGUAUAUCAAAGAUACUCUCAUCCUCAUUGCAGAAAUCCACAAAAACCUUCCCAGAGUUUCAGAUGAGCCAGACAAAGUGUGGAAAAAAUUAAAUAUAGAAGGCCAUAUUAAAUAA